GGGGCAUUCCAUUUUGUAGGAGACAUCUCAAUUUCAAGAAACCCCCAGAAGCUUGCUUCCUUUCCCCAUACCUUGCACGCAACAAUGGCACCUGCAGCUGUCGAAUCCGCAAACAUGUCUGUUACCGAGAACCCUACGAAGCAGAAUGGUGCUGCCCCCGCCAAGCGCCAUGAGGAAUACCAGUACCUUGAUCUCGUUCGCGAGAUCCUCGAUGAGGGCGAGCACCGCCCGGACAGAACUGGCACCGGCACCUACUCCAUCUUCGCUCCGACUCCCCUCAAGUUCUCCCUCAAUAAGGAUGGCGAGCCCCUCCUUCCCCUCCUCACAACGAAGCGUGUCUUCCUCCGCGCAGUCAUUGCCGAACUCCUGUGGUUCGUCGAGGGCAACACAUCAUCGCUCGCCCUGAGCGAAGCAGGCGUCAAAAUCUGGGACGGCAACGGAUCGCGCGAGUUCCUCGACAGCGUCGGCCUCUCACACCGCGAAGUCGGCGACCUCGGCCCCGUCUACGGCUUCCAAUGGCGCCACUUUGGCGCUGAGUACGUCGACUCCAAGACGGAUUACACAGGCCAAGGCGUCGACCAAUUGGCCGAGGUCAUCCACAAGCUCAAGACGAACCCCUACGACCGCCGCAUCCUCCUCAGCGCGUGGAACCCAGCGGACCUCAAGAAGAUGGCCCUCCCACCGUGCCACAUGUUUGCGCAGUUCUACGUCUCGUACCCGCGCGCCCGCGGCACCACGACGCCCGCAAACGGAGAGGAGCAGACGAAGCCAAAGGGCCACCUGCACUGCCAGCUGUACCAGCGGUCCUGCGACAUGGGACUCGGCGUGCCCUUCAACAUUGCCAGCUACGCGCUCCUGACGCACAUGAUUGCGCGGGCGUGCGACCUGGUGCCGGGAAGCCUCACGCACGUCAUGGGCGACGCGCACGUAUACGCGGACCACGUGGACGCGCUCAAGGUGCAGCUGGAGCGCGAGCCGAGAGACUUCCCCUUGCUGGAGAUCAACAACAGGGAGCCGGGGUGCAGCAUUGACGGGUGGAAGGUUGAGGAUUUUGUGGUCAAGGGGUAUGAGCCGCAUAAGACGAUUGCCAUGAAGAUGUCUGUGUGAGAGUGACGAGGCCUAUGCGUCGCGGCGCGCGGGGAGGGGAUGACAGUUCUUUUUGUGUUUUCUUAAUCUUUGAGGGAGGGAGGGGGGUCUGAUUUUUGGCUCUUUGGUUGGCUCGGCAUUGGGAGUUGGGAUUGGGACUUGCAUUAAUGAAGUGCGACACACCCUCAGCAUGUGGCAUGAAUAUGAGAGAGGAAUAAUCAGCAUUAGGGAAAAGUACGGAUAGCGUCUUUCCUUAUAUAGAUAGACUUUGACAAUUGACAUUGAACGGCGAGCUUGCUUGAUUUGCAUUGUCCUUGAUG